AUGACCGGCUUACGACGAGUGGUUGUCACGGGAUUAGGGAUAGUCAGUCCUCUAGGCGUAGGCACGAAAUACGUAUGGUCUCGAUUAUUAGCAGGUGACUGUGGCGUCGUAUCUCUGCGCAACAAACCACAUCUCGCAACAAACAAAAGCUAUGAUGAUUUGCCUAGUCAGAUAGCAGGACUCGUACCGCGUUCGUCGCAGGGUAUUAAAGACGGGACAUGGAGAGUAGAAGACUGGUUGACUCGUGGAGAGGAGAAGAAGACUGCUCCAUUCAUACAUUACGCGAUCGCUGCUUCUCAGCAGGCUUUAGAAGAUGCUGGAUGGAAGCCCGAGACUGAUCACGAAAGGAUGCAGACUGGUGUAUGCAUUGGAUCUGGAAUCGGCUGUAUAGAUGAAGUGUAUAAUACUGCUUUGGCUUACCAUGAACACGGACUUCGUAAAGUUCACCCAUACUUUGUGCCGAAAAUAUUGACAAAUCUGGCUGCUGGACAUGUCAGUAUGCGGUUUGGUUUACAAGGACCAAAUCACUCGUGCUCUACAGCCUGUGCUACUGGCGCACAUUCAAUUGGCGAUGCAGCGCGAUUCAUACAGCAUGGUGAUGCUGAUGUCAUGUUGGCUGGUGGAACUGAAGCUAGCGUUUCACCAGCACGAUCACUAUCAACAGCAUUCAACGAUACACCAGAACAAGCAUCUCGACCAUUUGAUCGUGACAGAGAUGGAUUUGUUAUCGGAGAAGGAGCUGGAGUUGUAGUUCUAGAAGAACUAGAACAUGCCAAAGCACGAGGAGCGCGUGUUUAUGCAGAAUUGAAGGGUUAUGGAGCUAGUGGUGACGCUUAUCAUAUCACUGCACCCACCGAAGAUGGGAGAGGUGCUGCCAAUGCUAUGCGUAGAGCUCUAGCACAAGCUGGAGUAGGAGUGCAUGAAGUUGGUUAUGUGAAUGCUCAUGCAACUUCUACAGAUUUGGGCGACUUGGCUGAAACUCGUGCCAUCAAGAGCGUAUUUCAAGGACCAUCACUAGAGUCUGUUGCUGUAUCGUCAACAAAGGGCGCUACAGGACACUUGUUGGGAGCUGCUGGUGCCGUUGAAGCUAUUUUUACCAUCCUGUCUAUAUAUAAUGAUGUGCUGCCUCCCAGCCUCAAUCUACAUCACUUGCAUGACGAAUUUACACUAAAUUAUGUCGCAUUACAAGCUAGAGACCUUACAUCUCAAGGCAAACGCGUGAAGGCAGCUUUGAAUAACUCGUUUGGAUUUGGAGGAACGAAUUCUAUAAUACUGGCUGUGUUUUUCAUUCCCGAUAUAUUUGCUGGAGGCAAGAAGCAGACAGAAAACAUAGACAAUGCGCAAGCAGUCAUAUCAGAGCACCAAGGGCCUCCACCAUGGAUCAAUGAAAAUGAAACACUCUCUUGCGUCGAAUAUGACGAACACACGAAUUUGAUAUGCUGUGGAGACCUUGUUUCAUUCAGAACUACUGGCAAAAACGGCCUUGUGAAUAUCCUCUUGCCUCAUACUCAUGCCAAACAACGUAUUCUUGGCUCACACGACGAGAAUUCCCGCUUUACGAUCUAUCUAUGGAAUUCUACACAAUAUGAUACUAUGCAGCUGCCAUGGAAUACUCUUCCUUCGUGGAUUUUGGACGCAAUGAACAGUUACGGUUAUUUUAAUUUUCAGUUGCAGUCUACCGAUGGGCUGUGGCUUCAGUCAACUGGACAAGUCUCGGCUGGCAAGAAGGGACCCAACUACAAAACGCCCGAAGUGCAUGGAAAUCAACGUGCUGGCCUUUAUCCUCCUUCUGACUCGACAUUUAUCUGGGUUAGAACUGGUAUUCAUGCUGGUGGAGGGUACAUCUUGAGUGAAAGUGGUACUGUGCUGUGGUCUGGGCGUCCUAAAUCGGAUUGGCUCUACUUUGAUUCUCCAGGCAAUCCUACUCGUUUUCCUGGAUGUGAAUUACAGACUUCUUGGAAGAUGAAAAUCAGUGGAUCUCCAUUUGAUAGAGUGUUGAAUGUCACUGUAGGUACCGCAAAGGCUAUUGAAAGCAUGUCGACGUCUGAGAUGUGGCUGAAUGACAUGCUCAUCACAAAUCAUGACACAUACGCACAUUUCGUCUCAAGCGAAAUUUCUGGAUCAUUUAAACGAAAGACAUCAACAAUCAAAAGAACUGGUCACACACUUACAGAAGAAGUAAAACUGAGAACGAAAAUCCCAGUCCUGAUCUUUGAGUCUGGAUAUAUAGCCACUAAAGAGGAACAGUCUUUUGAAGUUGCACGUGGAACUCAUGAAAGUGAUACCCAAAAACAUUCCGUCAAACUUAACGUCAGAAUACCGGGCAGGAGUUAUGUAACUGCGUCCCUCUUUGUUACGAGAAUGGAGCUACAGUUUGAUGUUACAUGGACUAUAUCUCGUCAACUUCCUCAUGGCCCUGCGUAUACCUAUAAUGUGUCUGCUGUUGUCUCUAGUGAACAGUCAACGAAUGCUAGAGCAACUAUUAGUAAGCCAACCAAGAUAGACAUUGUUUGA